UCGUGGCUGUAGCGACAAUUCCCUCCCAUCCCCUUGGCUCCUAUCUCGCGCUAUCUGCUCGGUAAGAGUCCGGGGCGCUAGGACUGCACUGAUUGGAGGGGUCGGGACACAGUUGAUCACGUUUAUGCGUUUGGUUGGAAUGUUCCCCCUGCAAGAGGCACAGCCACGAAAGUGAGAGAAAGAAAGCAAGAUACGGUGGAACACAGCACUUCUUUAAGCUCCCCCAUACAACAUUUUCCAUGGGAAUUAUCUGUCGUUGCUACAGUUGUAUGUACAUUUCCAAGUUGCAACAAUACAAAUAUUUGGCUUGUAAGACAGCUAAGUUUGGAGAACGGAUUUAAAAACGAAUAGGCUAUUGCACUAGAAAGGUUUUUAUGGUACUGUGCUGCCUGAUCUUCACCGUCCACUGUUGGAAUGACAUCAAUCUGGACGCAGAUGAGAGCAACCAGUGCUGUUCCUUCUUCUUGGAUGUCUUCGGCUCCUUAAUGAGGAUUGUGGACGAGAAGAACCAGUGAGAAGAUAGCUUUCGUUUUUCUGCGCUCUCAUAAAGCUCCACCCCUUCCAUCUUUGGGCGGGGCCUUGAUAACUCCCCCACAGGCCAACCGUGUUGCGGGAUUACGAAACUCCAGUUUCUUAGCGGGAUGGCGGGAAUUCUGGCCCACGUCACCGUUCUAGGAGCCUGCUUCUUCCUCACACUCCGGGCAGAAGGCGGACAGGACCCGGACUACGUGCUCCAGGGCACAGGGGUGAAGCACAGUCCCGGCCCCUGGAGGGCCCCGGGGCCCGGGGAAGGCGGGACGCUGUCCCCCGAGGAUGCCCCGCGGUUCCUCAGCUGCUACUGCUCUGGCCACUGCCCCAAGGACGCCACCAACAGCACCUGCAGGACCAACGGGCAAUGCUUCGCCAUCAUAGAGGAGGACGAGCAGGGAGAGGCCGUCCUGAGCUUCGGCUGCGUGAAGUACGAAGGCUCCCACUUUCAGUGCAAGGAUUCUCCGCUCGCCCAGGCCAGACGGACGAUCCAGUGCUGCCAGACGGACUUCUGCAACCGGGACCUGCAGCCUGAGCUCCCCCCGGCCGUCACACGAGACCCGCUGUUUUCCAGCGCACACUGGAUCGCCAUUUUGAUCUCGGUGACGGUCUGCUGCUGCACCCUCAUCGCCGUCAUGGUGGUCUGCUAUUACAGGUACAAGUGGCAGGCGGAGAGGCGGCGGUAUCAGCGGGAGCUGGUGCGGGACGAGGCCUUCAUCCCAGCAGGAGACUCACUGAAGGACCUGAUGAGCCAGUCGAGCACGGGCAGCGGGCUGGGCCUGCCCUUACUGGUGCAGCGCACCAUCGCUAAGCAGAUCCAGAUGGUGCGGCAGAUCGGGAAGGGCCGGUACGGCGAGGUGUGGCUGGGCCGCUGGCGGGGGGAGAAGGUGGCCGUCAAGGUGUUCUUCACCCGCGAGGAGGCCAGCUGGUUCCGCGAGACGGAGAUCUACCAGACCGUCCUCAUGAGACACGAGAACAUCCUGGGGUUCAUCGCGGCGGACAUCAAGAGCACGGGCGCCUUCACGCAGCUCUUCCUCAUCACGGACUACCACGAGAACGGCUCGCUGUACGACUACCUGCGCUGCACCACGCUGGACGGCCGCGGCCUGCUGCGGCUGGCCUACUCCGCCGCCUGCGGCCUCUGCCACCUGCACACCGAGAUCUACGGCACGCAGGGCAAGCCCGCCAUCGCCCACCGCGACCUCAAGAGCAAGAACGUCCUCCUCAAGAAGAACGGCGCCUGCUGCAUCGCCGACCUGGGGCUGGCCGUCAAAUUCAACAGUGAAACCAGCGAGGUGGAUGUCCCGCUCAGCUCGCGGGUGGGUACCAGGCGAUACAUGGCCCCAGAGGUGCUGGACGACAGCCUAAACAAGAACCAGUUCCAGGCGUACAUCAUGGCCGACAUCUACAGCUACAGCCUAAUCGUCUGGGAGAUGGCCCGCCGCUGCGUCACAGGAGGUAUAGCAGAGGAGUACCAGCUGCCGUACAGCGGCAUGGUGCCGGCAGACCCCUCCUUCGAGGAUAUGAGGGAAGUGGUUUGCGUGAAGGGCCUGAGGCCCACCGUGUCCAACCGCUGGAGCAGCGACGAGUGCCUCCGGGCUGUUCUGAAGCUGAUGUGCGAGUGCUGGACGCAGAGCCCCGCCUCCCGGCUCACCGCCCUGCGGGUGAAGAAAACCCUCGCCAAGAUGGUGGAGUCUCAGGACAUCAAGAUAUGAGGCGGGUCCGUUUCGCUCCCGGGCGGACGGAACUGCCAGCUCGGGGCGUGGUUUCUGAUGUCACGGCUGCGAGGGAUCCAGGCUUCACCUCAAGGAAAAGGAAAAGGGGGGGUGGGGAUGAGGGAGGUGGAGAGGGGCGAGCCUGACUGUGGCGGCUCCUCCCACCCUUCGUAUACGGCGCUGGCUCUGGCGCCCCCUGCUGGACGGCACUUUGUGGACCAUGUGUUAGACAGUCAGGCGCGUUGCUCCAUGGACCCAGAGUGCUGUCAGCACAGGCUCCCCCUCCCUUUUCUGAACUCACACUCUGAGGACCAGAGUGACAUCAGUGCUUUCUGUGAAAGCCGCAUGUUAAAUCAAGCAGGAGGAUGUAUACACACACACACACAGGAGGAACGCGGGAAACGAGUCGGAGAGGAGUCAUUCGAUCCCGAGUCCGGGCCUUUCGUUUGGCCUCGCAGUCGACCCCGUUGGGCGCGGUUGGCCCCUGGCAGCUAUGAGGAGUGGCGAUCUUUGGUCCCGUCAAAAUGACUCUCGCCGUGUGUCACAUUCACAUUCCACAGAGCUUCACCAGAAGUGAAAGAUAAUGGCUUCUCUAUAAAGACAACUGUCGGUGGCGGUUGGUCAAAAAAAAAUAAUUCUGUGUAAUGUGUAAAGUUGCUGGGAGAAUGAGAUAUGUGUGUGAGACCCGUCCUUGGCACAGGCCACAUUUGAGUAGGUAAAUGCUGUCACGCUGGUGUCUCAGUUUUACUGACGGUAAAAUCAUUUGUUUAAAAACCAGCCCUUUCCUCCAGUCCUCAACACUUCCUUUGAUGAUUUUCCACGUGGUAACAGCAGGUUCCGCUUGUGCCAUACUCUAGAUAUGGAUGCUUUGUGUGCAGCCACACCCCUUCAUGAAUAUUUAAAAAGGCACCCGGAAGUCCAUCUGAUUGGUCCAGGCAGACUGUAGCGUGUAUAUAUGCAUGUAUGUAUGUCUGUCUGUACACACAUCACAUGAGCCCCGAUUACUGAUAAAAUCACACAGUGAAUAAUGCUGAGUGUGUGUCACAAACAAUAUAACAAUUUAAUUUAAUCAAGUGUGUAAUAAAAGAGGCAAAUACAAUGCAUAAUAUUUGUUACAUUUUAUUUAACAUUUUGAAUGUAAGCUCUGGGGGGGAAAAAUGUAACAAAAA